AUGAACCUUCCUUGGGGGGCAAGAGUUCCAUCAGGCCUUGCCCAGGAACCCAGCUGCCUGGCUACCACAUCCUCAGCCAGCAGAUGGAACAGCUCCUGGACCAACACCUCCAGCCUGGGAGAACUUCCUCCCAGCAGCCCCACGGUAGCUGGGGCUCGGACUGCUGCCGGGGUCCCCCACCCCACAGUUGAUGUUCCAGACCAUGCCCACUACAUCCUGGGCUCCAUGAUCCUGCUAGUGGGGCUCACAGGGAUGAUAGGCAAUCUGAUGGUCAUCUAUACCUUCUGCAGGAGCAGAGGCCUACGGACACCUGCCAAUAUGUUCAUUAUCAACCUUGCUGUCAGCGACUUCCUCAUGUCCAUCACUCAGGCCCCCAUCUUCUUCACCAACAGUCUUUAUAAGCAGUGGCUCUUCGGAGAGGCAGGCUGCGAGUUCUAUGCUUUCUGUGGGGCUCUCUUUGGCAUAACCUCCAUGAUUACCCUCACUGCCAUCGCCCUGGAUCGCUACCUGGUGAUCACACGCCCACUGGCUACCAUUGGCGUUGUGUCCAAGAGGCGGGCUGCACUUGUCCUGCUGAGCAUCUGGCUCUAUUCCCUGGCCUGGAGUUUGCCACCUUUCUUUGGCUGGAGUGCCUACGUGCCAGACGGGUUACUGACUUCUUGCUCCUGGGACUACAUAAGCUUCACGCCCUCGGUCCGUGCCUACACCAUGCUCCUCUUCUGCUUUGUCUUCUUCCUCCCCCUGCUUGUCAUCAUCUACUGCUACAUCUUCAUCUUUAGAGCCAUCCGGGAGACGGGCCGGGCUCUCCAGACCUUCGGGGUCUAUGAAGGUGCCAGCGAGUGCCCACGGCAGAGGCAGAGGCUGCAGAGUGAGUGGAAGAUGGCCAAGAUCGCCCUGCUGGUCAUCUUGCUGUUCGUGAUCUCCUGGGCCCCCUACUCCACUGUGGUUCUGGUGGCCUUCGCAGGAUACGCACAUGUUCUGACACCCUACAUGAAUUCCGUUCCUGCAGUCAUUGCCAAGGCCUCUGCCAUCCACAAUCCUAUUAUUUAUGCCAUCACCCAUCCCAAGUACAGAAUGGCUAUCGCUCAGCACCUGCCCUGCCUGGGGGUACUACUCUGCAUGUCGGGCAAGCACACGCGCCCAUACACCAGUUACCGCUCCACUCACCACUCCACUCUGAGCAGCCAGGCCUCUGACCUCAGCUGGAUAUCCGGAUGGAGGCGCCAGCCAUCCUUGGGCUCUGAGAGUGAAGUGGGUUGGAUGGACACAGAGGCAGCAACUGCUUGGGGGACUGCCCAGAAAGUGCGUGGACAGUUUCCCUGUGGUGAGGACCUCGAGAACAUGGAAGCCAACACCCCUCCCAGACGCCAGGAAUGGGAAAUAGAGAUCCUGAGGAAGGACAGCUACAGUGACGAUCAAAGCACCAGCCGCAACUCAGCUUAUCUCUGUUAG